UGCGAUCGCUCUCGUCUCGUCCGGGCCCAGCCCGGGCCGGGCUCACCUUGGGCUUCCUGGGGAGGGCGUAACUUUUUCUGUCCCAAACUUCCCGGGGCGCUGGGGCAGGCGAAGUGCUCGAGACUGCCGGGGGCGCUGCCCUCCGCUCCAGCGCAGCCCCUGCCGCCGGCCAGCACCGGGUGUGCGCCUGGGGGCAGGGCUUCAAAAUCCUCGCGCCGAGUGUGCGUGUGCGUGGUGGGGGUCAAGUUCCCGGUUUGCAGUGUGAGCAGAACGGGCCAGUAUUACCUGAGAGGGGUCACAAGGUGACCAGACCUCUUCUGCUCUAGUCCUCAGAAAAGCUAAAGAAAAUACCCAGCAGUGAAACGUUGGAGGUUCCAGUGGCCGAGUCCUCGCCAGCGGUGGAUGAACCGUAGCAAAGCGGGUGAUGUCUCGACCAUCUUUCUAGGGAGUCGGACACUGCAAGGAAGUAAUGAUGAAGUGGGGCUAUACAGUUGGUUCAGCCACCUGUGACUAACGCACAGAGCCUCAGACUGUGCAACACCUGCUGCUCAGAGGCACCUGUGCAAUGAAAAAUCUCGCUAAGUACAAUAAAGGAGCACGAGCAGGUGUAACAAAAUGGUCAAAUGUGGUGUAGAGGCAGGAGAAGAAGGAGGGGUAUGUCAAGUGAGAGGAGAUGGCUAGAAACCGCAAGCACUUUGGACUGAGUUACCUAGAAGAAUUGAAUAUGAUUAAGGAGAGUGAGACUCUAUGCAAGGAAUCUCGCCGGGAUUUACCACAGUUCAAACAACCACUAGCUACUGCUCAUACCAAUGCAAGUACUCCACCCUCAUUGGAAGAUUUAACACCAGAUCAAUCACCUCAGCCAGAAUGUUAUCCUCUCCAGAGGUCAAAGAGUCCACAUAAGCCUGUCAUGAAUACAAAUAAAAAUAUUCCUAAUGAAUUCAUUGGCAGUUCUGAAGUCCAUGGAGAAGUAAAGCUCUCCUGUGAAGUGAGAGGCAUGAAAAAACAAACUCGUGAUCUCAGAAUGAUGACUCAAAGAAAUAAAUCUCCUCCAAUAGAGGACAGCACUGACAAAAAACAAGGAAGUUGCUGUGAAAAAAUAAACAUGGAAAAUAGUAGCACUUGUACCAAAAGUACAAGUGAAAAGAUGCCAGUAAUAGCAUCUUUAGCAGGUACUGCAAAACAAAUCACUUUGUUUAAGCAACCAGUACCCCCUCAGAAACCUAGCUAUAACAGGGUUAUUCUUUGUUCAAGAUCAUUGACUAAUAAGCCCCCUAUUCCAUUACAGAAGGACAAAGAUACUAGAAAAGUGAAGGAUAGAAUUGCCACUCUAAAGAUAAACCUUCAGACUAUAAAAACAAAUAGUACUGAAGAACUCAUCAGAGGGAGUUAUGUCAGUCAUGAAUCUAGUUGUACAGAUUCUGAUUCAAGUAAACAAGCUUCUAAAAAGAAAAAGGUAAUUGGGAAAGAAGAUUUGCAAGGAGGUGGCAAAGUUUUAAAAGAAAAUCAACAAAGUUUAGUUUCUGAGAUGGGAAGAGCACUAAGUAGCAGCCAGCCAAGUGUGGGGUCUGUUCCAGAGCUGUUGGAAGAAGCUACAGACACAACUAGACCAGACACUUUAAAAAUAUACGAGAAGAACUUCCAGCAGAGCAAACCAGAGGAGCCUGCUUCCACACCAAAGUUGCCUGUGAAAGUGGCUGCAAGGUCUAUUGAUGAAAUAAUUGCUUCCCUGCAGUCUACUUUUCAGUCUCCCUCUGACCAGAUGAUCAAAGAACUCCUGGAGAGUGUUCUUGGCGAGAACUACAACAUAAAAAUUGAAGCAUCAGUUGAACCUCAGGGAAAGAAGAGUGAAUCUCAAACUAAUGAAGAAAUACUGCCAAGUAUUCAGCAACCAACCCUGAUUCCUGUAAUUAAAAAAGAACUUCCAGCAGAAGAGAGUGAAUCUCAGGCUAAAGAAGAACUGUUAACAGACCUCAAGCAAGUUAAACAGAUAAAAGAAUCAUCUAUUGAAACACUUCCUGAUCAGGCACCAGGAACUUUAUGUCUACCUGCACAGGAUUUGCCAUGUUUUCCUGAAAGUGAGGGCUCUAAAUUGAAGCUGUUUUCUUCGAGUGUUCCUCUCUUGUCAAAACCAACUUUACCAUUGCUUAACAUUUUGGAGGAAGUAAAGAACGAACAAGAAUUACAGAAGGCUGGAUCAUCGUCAUCGUUAUCAUUAUUAGAGACUGUGUCCUCAGAUGUGCUACAAGUGAAAGGAAAAGCAGUCAUCAAGACUAAACCAGUUGAAGUUCAGCAGAAGUUACCAGAUCACCAGCUACAGCACCCUUUGUCUUGGCUUUCCACAUGGACUCCAAAGAUAAAAGAGCAACAUUACCCAGUUAUGCAUCACCUGUGUACUGCUUCUCCUAGUUUUUCAUUGCCCAUUGAUCUACAACUGGCUUCUAGAGUAUAUCAUACUUUCAGUAGAAGAGGCCACAAUAUUUUAUUUACCAAAGAAGAACCACACCAUGAAGAGGAAAAACUAUUCUACUCAAAACAUAUUUUUUUUGAGGAACAAAGUGAAAGAAGAAGAAUUUGUUAUGAAGGUAUUCCUGUUUUAGAACUAUUCCAGGAAAAUCAGGAAGGUGGGAUUCAUGUUUUACCUCCACACACAUCAGAAAGUCUAACUGAAUGGCAGAAAAAAGCUGAGUAUUAUGUAGAAAAGCCAAGACUUGAACUCUUAGGAGAAAAAGUUUCCUUUUACCCAGAGACUCUUAAAACAUUUUGGGCUCCAGCUCCACCAAAAUUUUCUGCUCCUCUCUCUUUCAUGAAGGAAAUGUUGUUUCCUAAGUAUAAGAGCAAUGUUAUUGAGGGUGUUAUAAUAGAAGACUUUUCUUCUGACCAUCCAGAGGAAGACGGAUUAAAGUCUGAGGAGGAUAGUGACAUUGACAGUUAUAUGACAAAAACCAUUGUAAGAAGAUGCCAUUCCUUGCCAGAUUUUUUUAGCACUGAAGAGUCAAAGAUAAAUCUGAUUAAAAGAUCAGUCUCAGCACCAGAGAUGGCUGAUUUCAAAGAAAAAACAAAAUUGAAGAUGUCAGCUAAUUUCAAAACCAGCAUGAAAGAGAUGAAGGUUAUGAAGCAACAGAUAUCUGAGCUAAAGGUUGAGACUGAGAGUGAGAAAAGUUUCCCUACUAAGCAUCUAUUGAAUAAAAACUAUGAUGAGCCUCAAUUAGUACUGACAGAAAUGCCAGUGGAAAAACAGCCUUCUUUGACCAGACAAGGAGACAGUGAGAAUGACAUUGUUCUUGCUGAGAGAGCGCGAGAGGCUGGGAUUAAAUACAUUGUUUUUCCAAAAAGAAAGAAAUCAAAGAGAUCAAAGAAGAUAAUAGACUCUACAAAAUUGAAAGCUGUGAUUCAGUUAUUAAAUCAACCCCCAAAGAAUCUUGAAAGCUCUGUAUCCCUUGGAAGCCUUCAUUCACAUCGUAAAUAUUGUAUCAAAGUACCUCCAUCGGUUCGAUAUUAUCGAAGUCCCAGUCUUCCUCAUUUUUUAGAUUUUGAAAAGUUUGCAGAAAGUAAAGGUGGAAUUCCAGAAGAGACUGGUGUUCGUGAGUGGGUCAAAGAAAUCUGGUAUAGCUGGUUUGAUGAAACUUUCCCUCCAAGCAGGAGUCCUUCUGAGGAAAAAGGCGUUAACAUACAAACAGAAACUAAAAAAAAGGACUCUGGAGAAGAAACAAAGCCAAAUCUAGAAAUAGAAUUAGUUGAUUCAAUUAAACCUUUUCUGGUAGAAGAUGAAGCUGUUAAUAUUGAAGAUUUAGAAGCAGAAAUUAGCAGACUAACACUCCUAAUAGCGAAGGAAGGAAACUCCUCAGGAUUUCACUACUGUAGACGUGGAGCGAUAAACAGGAAGCUAGGCAAGUUAAAAUCUGCUAUGGAGGAUUUGGAAAAAGCUAUAAGAUUAGAACCACUGUUACUUAAUGCAUAUUGGCACAGACAUUUAAUUUACCUCUUUCAAGCCAAAAUUCCAGCUGCCUUGGAUGACCUGAAUUAUAUAAUUAAGUGGAACAAAAAUAGUGUGGAUGCAUAUUUGUCAAAGGCUGAAAUUUAUAGAAGGCAGGGUAAUAAUGCAUUGGCAAUCAUAAAUUACACAUUAGCAGAGAAAUGCAACCCUACUGAUGAUGACAUUUAUUUCCGGAGAGCUGAGUUGUUGGAGAAUGGAAAUGAAUUGUUAUUGGCCAUGGAAGAUUAUACUAAAUGUUUUCGUUGCAACCCAAAAAGAACAGACGCACUAAUGAAACAUGGAAUACAUUCCUUUGAGAAAUCAGCUUUGACUGUUGCUAUUGAGGAUUUUACAGCUGUGAUUAAGGAAGACCCAAACAAUGCUCAGGCAAGGUUAUAUCGAGGAAGAGCUUAUGCUACACAACAGCAAUAUAAAAAUACCACAGAAGACUUCUCUGCUGCAAUUCAUCUAGACCCCCUUAAUUGGUUAGCAUUCUAUUACAGAGGUUGUAUGCUACGAAAGAUUGAUCCAAAGAGAGCUCUGCAGGAUUUCAGUGUUUCUGUGCUCCUCAAUGAUACUUUUGAAAAUCUUAGUUCUUUCUUUCAUCGUGGGAUCUUAUAUGCAGAACAGUCAUGCUGGUCACUAGCAAUAUGCGACUUUGAAGAUGUACUAGUUUUGGACAAAGGCUUUUCCUUGGCUUACAUAAAUAUUGGCCUUAUAUUACUAUGGCAUCUGGAUCAUUAUUAUGAAGCUAUUCGACAAUUUUCCAAUGCAAUUGAAGUUGAUCCUACAAACAUGAGACCUUAUGUAUGUAGAGCUCAAGCAUAUCAUAAGGUUCAUGAUGUACAGUUAGCAUUAAAGGAUAUAAAUCGAGCCAUUCAUCUUUACCCAAAUGAAUCUUAUUUAUGGAUAACAAGGGGACAGUAUUUACUUGAGUUAAAGCGAUAUGACCUUGCAAGUUUCAGUAUUCGCCAGGUGGCUGAGAUGGGUGAAGUAUCCUUUAAAAUCACUCCUGUUCAGCAAGCACUUGUUGAUUCAUUUUGUCAAAAUCACAGUAAAGCCAUAAAGUGCUUACUUGAAGUUACUGAGAAUAAACCAGAGCCUUCAGUGUUCGUUUUGCUUGGAAAAAUACAAAUGAAAGCCAAGAAAACCAAGGAAGCAUUGGAAAGUUUUAAAGCAGCUUUGAAACUCCUGGCUUCUUCAGCAAAACCCCUGCCUAAUACAUUUGAGACUGCAGAAAUUUAUUAUUUCAUGGGUUUAUGCUAUAUGGAGCAAGUAAACUUCUUACAGGCUUGUGAAGCUUUUAGCAUUGCUGUCAAAGUGUAUUCAGUUUAUCCUGAUGCUUUUUAUCAGCGAGGACUGUGCAGAAUGCAACUCAAACAAACUAAGUGCAUCCAAGAUUUCAAUCGAGCACUUGCCAUUAAUCCAGCACAUUUCCAGGCAUAUUUAAGCCGUGCUGCUUACUAUGGUAGUAAGGGAAGGUACUCCAAAGCAAUUCUGAACUGUAAUGAGGCCAUACGAAUUCAUCCUAAGAGCGUGAGAGCCUAUCUCUACAGAGGAACUUUGAAAUAUCAUAAUAAGACUUAUAAAAAUUCCAUUGAAGACCUUACCAAAGCUAUCGACUUGGACAAAACCUGCAUUUUGGCAUAUUUUAACAGAGCAAUCUGUUAUCACCAUAUAAAGGACUUCCGAAAGGCUUUGAAAGAUUAUGGAAUACUGCUACUUUCUGAGUCAAGUAAGGAAAUUGUUUUGAAAGUGUUAGUUAAUCGUGGACUGCUCUAUAUGGAACUAGAGGACUACUCUAAUGCAUUAGAGGAUUUUAAAGAGGUAACAUUGGGUAGUCCAGAUGACAGCACGAUCUAUCAAGUUAUUGGAAUGUGCUAUAACAGACUUCAGCAAUUUGAAGAAGCUGUCAAAUCAUUUACCCAGGUGCUUAAAAUAGAUCCCUUCUCUGUGGAUGCCUAUGUUGGACGAGGAAAUUCAUAUAUGGAAUAUGGCCAUGAAGCUGGUCAUAUUCAAGCACAGAAAGAUUUCUUGAAAGCACUUCAUUUGAACCCAAAGUGCAUUAAUGCCAGGAUUUGCUUAGGAUACAAUUUACAGGUGAUCACUGUCCCCCAGAUGGCUACCGAUCUGGAUGUCCGCUACCAUGUCAUCUCCCGUUGCCAGAAGCAAGGGCACAGAUCAGCACUGAUGGGCUUCAUGCCUCAGGUUCUUGGAAAGUUUCAAAAAGCAUGGAAUCAAUUUACAGUUGUCAUUGACAUCGAUCCAAAAUCCCAUACUGCCUAUGAUGGACGAGCCUUGGUCUGUCUUCAGAUGGGUGAUGCGUUUGCUGCAUUUCAGGAUACAAAUGCUGCACUAAAACUCACUACCACAGCUCAGCUGCUUACAAAUCGGGGUGUCAUCAAUCAAUUUAUGGGUGACCUAACUUGUGCUAUGAAAGAUUAUCAGCAAGCGAUUUCCAUCAACCCUGACUACGCGUUAGCUUAUUUCAAUGCUGCAAAUAUCUACUUUCAUAACAGGCAGUUCUCACAGGCCUAUUGUUACUAUUCCAAGGCAUUACAACUUGACCCCAGGAAUGAAGCUGCAGUCUUGAAUCGAGCUAUUACAAAUACAUUAUUGCAAAACACUGAUGAAGCAAAAGAAGAUUUUGAGAAGGCAGUUUCUCUCUGCCCUUUCUCUGCAUCAGUUUACUUUAACAGGGCAAACCUUUACAACACGCUAAGGCAGUAUGAGCUGGCUGAGAAAGAUAUUUCAACAGCAUUGUCGAUUCAGCCUAAUGAUGCUUUGAUGUAUAAGCUUAGAGCAGACAUACGUGGUAAAAUGGGUUUCAGUAAAGAAGCCAUAGCUGAUUACAAGCAAGCAAUCAGCAUUCAAGAACUGGUCAAUGAUACAUGAAGAGACUCCAGUUCCUGCAAUGCAUUGUAACAUGUUGGUUCUUUUAUCAGUGUUUUCUUAUUUGCAAUGAAAUACAGUUGUUUAAUAUCUCAUAUACUGUUAAGAAUGUAUUACCUUAGAAUUAGCUUAGUACAAAAGAUUAGUAUUGAAUGACAGAAAAAUAAUUCCAUUAACAUCUCAUUUUCAUCUUGAUGAAUUUCUGUGCAUAUUUUAUUUUCAUAGUAAAUUGAUUGCUUGAUUCAGUGUAAAAAUGAACAGCAGCUAGCUUUCAAAAACAGAAUGUUAAAAUUAAAGAAAUAAAUUCACUAAAAUUAA